AUGAUCGACUUCGAAGCAGACCUCGAAGCAUACUUCCGGGAAAUGGAUGAGGCUGACGCUCUUGGCCGGCAAGAGAGAGACGAGUCUCAGCGCCGUUACCAGUCCCAGCGCCAUUCCACCGACGCUUUUAAUAUCAUAAUGAAAGACUUCAAGCCAGAAUCUGAGAGAGAGAACGAAGCUGUACAACAGAUCGCCAACGAAGGAAGUUCCGCCAGCAACAACACCUGCACUUCCAUGCAACAAGGCUCGAUUUCUUUAUCCUCGUGUGCCUGCGUGCACCGAUCUUUUCAACAUAACGCGUCUUCCCCUCCCGAGAUUGCACACCCAAUCAACCAGCCUGGUGAAGUCACAUACGAAAUUCCGGCAGAUGUGAAUAUGCUCUUAUACAAUCCGUACUAUCCUGCUGCAACGGGAGCCGGCUUGGAUCCCAGCCUCAUCACCAGUCGCGAACCAGCCGUCAUGCAGCUUCCAAGUUUCGUCUUCCAGAACCCCAAGCCCCUGCAGGGUCCUCGGGUUGUCACCAUCCAACCUGGCAUGCAGCUGUAUGAAAUCGAAGACGGACAAAUGCUAAAAUUCAUCCCCGGUACUCCGGUACUCACUGCGCCCCACAUCAAUCCAAUACGCCAUGAUACCCAUUACUAA